AUGAACAAGGAGUAUCUCCGCUUCGACAGCGCCCGCGGGGAGUUCGAGGCCGUCACGGCGCUGGGGGAGGUGGAUGCGGAGGCUUUCAACAGGGAUAAGCGCCUCCUCCAGUACUGGAAGGCCAGAGUGAAUCGCUUCUGCCGAAGCAACUACGAGGCUCUCCAGGGCGGCCCCUUGAUUGGCCGGAGAGCCAAGCCCACCGUCUCCAUCUCCCCCACCAAGCUGGACCCCGCUUCCCCCCACACCAUGCUCCUCUGCAUCGUGAGGGGCUUCUACCCUGUGGAGAUUGAGGUCCGGUGGCUGAAGAACGGGCGGCCGGAGGAGGAGGGCGUGGCCUUCGGGGAGGAGCUCCAGAAUGGAGACUGGACCUACCAGCUCCAUGUGAUGCUGGAGACCCAGCCCCAGCGUGGAGACAUCUACACCUGCCAGGUGGAGCAUGCCAGCCUGGAGGCCCCCAUCACCGUCCAGUGGGAGCCCCGAUCCUCCAACUCUGCCAAGAGCAAACUCUGGACGGGGAUCGUGGCAGCCGUGAUCGGGGUGAUCUUCUUUGCCAUGGGGCUCUCCCUCCACCUGAAGAGCAAGAAAGCAACUCCCAUCCAGCCUCCUCCAGGUGAGUUUCUCUUCAAGUUAUAGAUGUUUCUUUAAUAUUCCUUAAUUGACCCUUUUUUAAAAAAAAAUGUUCCUGAACAAAACCUCCUAGCU